AUGUCGAUUUCAGCGUUGAAAGUCGAUCCAAAUCCAUUAGUUUUCCCUGCCACUUGCAUGAAUUCAGAGUCAAGCAUAUCUUUCAAGUUGUUUAACAGCGGAAAUGACAUUAUUAAGUAUCAAUGGCGAAAUCAACCAAAUAUUGCUGCGGAAGAAGAGGCGAAAUUACGCUUAGAUAUAUUGGAUCCACGUGUUAGAUCCAAUAUGUCCAAGGUUUUUGUCUUCAGCUCAGACUCCUUCGUAAUAGAUCAAUUAGAAGGAGAGAUUUGGCCGCAUCAAACACAGAAUAUCAUCGCGAAAUUUAAGCCAAUACAUGAAGGUACGAUGAAAGCCACUGCUUAUCUUACAAAUAUCCAAACAGGAGAUAGAAUUCCGAUUCAAAUUCAAGGUCAGUGUCAGGCACCUGAUGCUCAAUUUGACGUAUCGUCAAUCAAUACAGGCCACAUAGCACUUGAUAACAGUUAUGAUUAUCAAGUCAUACUUAAAAACACUGGUGAAACUGAUGUUGAAUUUUCUUUGAUUGAAGAAGAAACAAGCCUUAAAUUCGAAUUUACUCCAAAAGCUGGACGUAUCAGCGUUGGAAUGGCGAUGCCAAUUCAAAUUCGAUUGUAUGCUUUGAAAGUUGGGCAAUUUAAUGAGACAUUUAGAUUCAAAAUAUCCGGUGCAGGCUAUAAUACACCAUCUCUCGCAAUAAAUGGCAGAGUAAUGGGGCCUUCUUUCCAAUGCGAUACAAAAUUAAUUAAUUUUAAGACAGUAAGUUACGGUUUUACUUACAAACAAACUAUACGAGUUACAAAUGUAUCAGAUAUACCAUUAGAUUACAAUGUUCAAAUACUCCAAUCAGCAAAUACGAAUAUUCGCGAAUUUAACGUUUAUCCUGAAAUAGCUACGAUCAGAUCAAAGUCACACCAAGACAUAACAGUCGAAUUUAUACCAGUAAACAUCCAAGAUUACAAUACAACGCUUGUAAUGACAAAUCCAAAAUAUUCAACGCCUUUGUUAUCAAUUCCAAUACAAGCAACAUGUUUAUAUCCAAGAUUAUUAUUAGAAACACCUGAUUUAGAUAUAGGAAACGUUUUUAUUGGUUAUACUUACAAUAUUGAUUUGAAUUUAGUCAAUAGAACAAAAUUAUUAGCAAAAUACGAAUAUGAAGAAUUGAAUUUAACAGACGAAUACGGUUGGAACUUAGAAAUUCCUUAUCCAAGUGGAAUUAUUCAACCAAAUACAACAAAAGGCUUUCCAAUAAUAGUAACAUUCUUACAAUUAGGUAAUCAUACAAUUAGUAGAGAAAUAAGAGUUUCUGGAGAUCCAAAAAAUAUAAUUAAAUUUAAUAUCAAAGCUUUAUGCAUUGGACCAACAUUAAGUUAUUCACAGAGUCCAUUAAGUUUCGGAGAAAUACCUGUUCUUACAAAUAUUCAACAAAAUAUUGAAAUUAAAAACACAUCUUUAAUUAACGCGAAUUACAAGGUUUCUUUUGCAAAACCAUCAGCAGAAUUCAAGUUAUUAAAGACAUCAGGAUGUAUCCUUCCAGGUGAAACCGAUUAUAUACCUAUUCAAGCCUUUUUAGACGAUACAUUAAAUUUUGAAGCGACAGCACAGUUCCUUUUUGAACAUUUGACACCAAUAGAUAUACAAAUAAAGGCAAAAGGAACAGGAAAUGUGUUAAUUCCUAGCAUUCCUAUGGAUUCAAUUAAUCUUGAGUAUUUAUUUGUCGGAGAAAAGACAACAAAAGAGUUCACAAUACACAACAAAGGACGUAGAAACAUAGAAGUACGUUGGUCCCUGCAAAAAGCAAAGCUAACUCCCAAUAAUGAGUCAUUUAAUUACAAUAUUACUCCAGAACACGUAAUUUUGAAUGCAUAUACCGCUCAAACAUUCACUCUUACAGUCAUUUCAUCGGCAUCAUGCGAUUUCGAGAUGACUCCUCAACUUUCAACGACAAUUAAGAAGCAAAGGCACGAUAUCUUCACUCCACGUAUAUUUGGUCGCGUAAACAAAGUUCUAAUUGAUGUAGAAAAGCCUGUUCUUACUUUUGUUCACUCAUAUGUUCCAGAUGAAAAAGGAAAUAUUCACAUUCCAACAGAAAUUAAACCAAUUAUCCUUGAAAAUACGAUAACAAAUACGACUCCACUACAUUUUGGCAUAACAGCUACUUGCCAAGAGCCUUUUGUCAUGUCUCCAACGCAUUUCGACAUGAAACCGGAUGAAUCUAAAAGUUUCAAGGUAACUUUCAACCCAUUUUACAAAGAAAACUACCAGAGUGAGAUUAUUGACCGCAAGAUCAUCAUGAAAUGCGACGAUAACCCUCAGCAAUUCACUAUUGACUUAAAAGGUGUAAUUGAAUUUCCAAAUGUCACUUUUCCAUCAACAACAAUCAAUUUCGGAGCACUUUCUAAGUCCACAGAGAAGACAGAAACAGUUAUAAUCAAAAAUACUCAAACAAUAAAAGCAGAUUUUUGGUGGGAAAUUGAAACACCUUCAAAAAGUGCCAAAAACGUUUUUGACAUUUUCCCAACACGCGGCUCAUUACUUCCCAACAGCGAGGACAAGAUCUAUGUCUCAUUCUACGCUGCUCCAGGCGGAGAUGAUGGUCCUGCCAAUUUUUCUGGUCGAGCAAUUUGUCACGUGAUUGGAGGACCAAUUUACAAUUUAGAUCUUAAAGGAUCAAGUGCAGCCUUUGAUUACUCGAUCACUCCAAGACUAUUUACCUUUGAAAACUGUCUGGCCACCGAAACUCUCAAAGGUGAAUUUGUUUUGAAGAGUAUGAGUGAUUUCAAUUUUGAUUACAAUGUACAAAUUCCAAAAGGAAUUCGUGUCCAAGAUUUCAUUGUUUCUCCAAUGUCAGGAACUCUUAAGUCCAUGACGUCCCAGAAUUUCAUUAUCUCAAUAGUUCCCGGACAAUUGAAAGACUACGACGAAUUGUUCUUUAUAAGGAUUGGUCCUUUCGAUGAAGAAAGAAUUCGUGUGACAAUAAAAGCAACUUUUCCAAGAUUGGAAUUCGAUUUACAAAGAACUAAUAAUGACCAAAUAAGAAUUCUCAAUCUAAAUGCAACUAGUGAACAAGUCGCUAUAACAGAGAAGAAGUUUAUCAAUGAUAGAUUGAUAGAAUUAUACAAAAGACCUUCUUUCGUUGAUAAAUUCAAAAAACCGCCACUGAUCACUUUUCCUAAGAAUUUUAACGGUUUUUGUUUAUCGGAGUUUAAUUUAGAUUUCGGGGAAGUUAUGCUAGGAAGUGAGUUCGAGAAAACCUUCAAUGUUAGAUAUGUUAAUUAUCAUGGUGUUGGUUUCGAAAUCAUUGAUAAAUCUUUGAAACAAACAGGUUUCAUCUUCGAAUGCACAAAAUGGAAAGAUUUAAAUACAGGAGAUAAUCUACCAAUUAAAAUUAAGUUCUCUUCGCAGGAAAGGAAAACAGAUGUAUAUGGAAAUGUAUGUUAUAAAGUUCCGUUCGUUAUUUGUGAAGAUUUCGGUUAUAUUUUGUAUAUAACCGCCAUAAUAACCGCUCCAAGUCUCACAAUUUCUGAAAAUCAUAUUACAUAUGAAAAUACAAUUAUUGGAGAGACGAGGAUAGUUACAUUGCAAGUACAGAACAUGAACAAUGUUCCUGUAACAUAUACAAUACAUCCAGCUGAAUACGCAGAUGUUGUGAAACAAAAAACAGUUAAAAAUCAACAUCCUGUUUUUUCUGUUUUUCCUACAAGUGGAAUGCUGCCUCCAGCAAGUUUCCAGAAUAUAGAAGUGAUGUUUACUCCUACACAAGACAAGAAUUACCAGAUGAUGUUGCCAAUUUCUGUUUUGUACAAUUCCCAAAUGACUUAUAUUUCAUUGAAAGGAAGUGGAAUUCAACUGAAACUCAAAUUCGAACCAGAAAAAAUCGAUUUCGGUAUUUCUACUUUGAUGCAAGGACCGACAACAAAGACAGUAAAUAUCAUCAAUCCAUCAACAUUUCCUAUUGAUAUUUACUCAAAACAAUUCGAUGCGAAAUUGUUACUCAAAAAUCUCAAAAAUUCGCAAAAUGAUUCAACAACGAAUUUGGAGAUGAUAAAGAGUAGCUCGCAUGUAUCAUUCACAGAAAUCUCAAGCUUCUCAUUCUGUGCUUUAGUCCACGGUCCGCCAAAUAGUGGCAAAAGUGAAGUGUCAAAAAUUUUGUCAAAAUAUUUAGGAGAUGUUCCAAUUGUUGUUUUAAGCGAAGUUUGGAAAGAUGUUCCACAGAAUUCGAAGCAAUCUGAUUACGUACAAGUUCUCAAACAUUAUUUAAUGAACCCGGCUUUUGCAAACGGUUUUGUCAUUGACGGUUUGAACGGUUUGCCACUUUCAAAUGAGAAUGAACAAUAUUUGAGUCAUAUCACGAAAACUAAAGGAGCUGUUGAAGAAUUUACUAAUGAUCCAUUAUAUAUAUUACCUCAUAAAGAACAAACAGUUUAUGAACAAGCGAUUGUAACUGUUUUACAAGCAAUUCACGUUCAUUACUUUUAUUUCAUUUGUUUGAAUGUCACAGAAAACAAUUUAAUCAGUAGAUUGGAAGCAAUUGACAUUGCAAAGAAACAAGCUGAACUUGCGAAGAUGAAACAAGAGUUGCAAGCAAUAUUUGAUAUGACGGAAGAAGAAUACCAAGCAUUGACACCAGAAAAACAACAAGAAGUUGACCAGAAAAGAGAAAAUUACAGACAAAAAUUGAUGGGAAUCCAAGAAAACAUCGAAGAAAAUAAAAAUAACUCACAAAAGAAAGUGGCAAAACCAGCUUCAACUAAAAAAGGAAAGAACGCGAAGAACAAUGCAAUAGAUCCAGUAACAUUGAACCAACAGAUCUUCACUUAUUCCCUUGGUUCUGUUAUAAACACUGCUUUGCAAAUGAGUGAAGAUUUUGUCAAUUUUGACAAAACAUUGAAUUUCUCAGAAGAGGAGGAAGAAAAACCGAUGACGAAGAACGGACACAGGAAAUCAGUUGCUAAGCCAAAAGAUAUUGUUGUUCCUAAGCUCAUGGAGCGCUUCAAUGUCUCUGAUUUGAGUAUGAGUUAUCAAACAGUUUUGGUUAUUUCAGGAAAUUGUUCAAUCGACCAACAAAAUUCCGAAAUUUACAAAUUCGUUCCUGAAAUGAAUGAUUUGAAGGCUCAGGCGUUUAUGAGAAUGAUUGAACCUCCGAAAGCUGUUAUAGAAGAAGGACUAACAGUUCCGAAAUUGAUCAAUCAGAUGCCAAACACAUUCUCCAUCAAACAAGACAUUUCUCAGAUUCAAAAUUAUUAUGAUGAAUAUAAAAAUAUCGCUGUUGAAAGAGCCAGAGAGGAAUGGGACAUUAAGAACAAAGAAUUCAUGGAUAAAUUAAAGGAAUCUUUAGAAAACCAAGAAAAAUUGCAACAAUCUGAAAUUGAACCAGUUCAAGAACCUCAAACUGAGAAACCACCUGGUAAACAAAUCAGAUUUGCUGAUAAUGUAAUGAAAUCUAACAAUUCUACGCAAGAAUCCCUUGAAAAAUCCCAGAAAUCUGUAACAAUUGGACUUGAUUCUUCGGCAAAGAUCGAGAAUCCAACGAAAUCAUCGUCUAGAUUAGAGAAUGAGUCUAAACCUCCAGUUAAAUUGGAUAGUUCUGCAAAAUCAACCACCAAAAUUGAGAAUUUACAAAAACAAGUUAAAAUUGAGGGUGAAACGAAAUCAAGCAGUAAACUAUCCAAAUCUAGUCCAAGAAUUGGCAAUCAUUCUAAGCUGCAAGAAAGUAUUCAGAAAUCAAGUUCAAGAUUAGUCCAAGAACUUCCUCAUUUCGAUGAAAGCAAAGUUGCUUUACCACCUAUGACUCAAAUAUGGCAUAUAGAACCUGGUAAAAGCAUUCCUCUUGAAAUUACAUUUAAUUCAUCAGAUGUAGGAACAUUUACGGGCGAAAUUUACUUCGGAAUAUUAAAUGCCAUUGCACCGCCAUUCAAGAUUCCUAUGGAAGGCAAAGUCAUCCACCCAGAUAUCGAAAGAUCAAUGAUAAAAAUCUUCCAGGGCAACGUAACUCCAAAACUUACACCUAAAACAGAGAUGACCUUCGUCACAGAACUGAACGAAUUCCAUUUCGGAUCCCAAAUCAUUCUCAAAGACAAAGCAAAAGGAAAAGCCGCUUAUAAAUCUUCAGUUCACCUGACCAACAUCACUGAUUUUCCAGCGGAAAUAAGUUUGUCAUUGUCCGAUAGCAAUUCGAAAGGUCCAUGGGCUUUGGAGAAGGACAAAGUCACAAUCAAACCAAAUAGUUCUGUAGAUGUUUGGAUUGGUUUCACUCCUAUUACUGCUGAUACAUAUAAAAACACUUUGACAAUCAAUAUUGUUGAUAAUCCUGAUCCUUUGCAAAUCAAUUUCGUUGGUAUGGGCUGUAUACCAAUAAUAGAAUGCCAAGACCAAAACAUUGAUUUCGAGAAAUUAUUAGUGAAUCAAUCAAGAAUUUGCAAAUUCGAACUGAAAAACAGCGGAAGAAUUCCAGCGUUUUGGAGAAUAAAGGGCGGAAACACAUUAGGAAACAUGUUUAACUUCAGUGCUCUUGAAGGAAUGAUCAUGCCAAAACAAAGUACAUUUGUAGAAGUAAAAUAUGAAUCUCCAAAACCAUUUUCCAUCAAAAAACAAAUACAAAUUGAUGUAAUGGAUAAAACAAAGUUAAGAACGUUUUCUGCUUUACAUAUUAAUUUCACGGCAGAAACAUUCGAUGCGAACUUCGAAAUAGUAUUUCCUAAAGGUAUGGAUUGCAUCAAUUUCGGCGAUCUCAAAGCGAAUAACGUUGGACAAUUCCAAUUAGGAAUCAAAUCGAAGUCAAAAUAUCCUUUGUUGUAUAAAUUCAAUAUCAUGAAAAACUCUUUGCAAAAGAUCAUCAAAAUCAAUCCAAUGGAAGGCGGAGUUCAACCUGACAAUAAACCAGUGAUGAUUAACAUAUCAUGCCAAACUAAUUCAUCACAGAAAUACGACAAAGCAAAAGGAAUCAUGUUGAAAAUGAUUGAUUGUGUUUCUGGUCAAGAAAUUGCAAAUGUUCCAAUUCUUUUUUCAGCAAAAAUUUUGUUUUCAACAUUUUCAAUUAAUCCAAAUGAAAAUGUUGACUUUGGAAAUGUUUCUACUAAUACUACAACAUCAAACAGCAUAACAAUCCAAAACAUUUGUCCAUUCCCAUUUGAUUACGAGCUGAUUCCUGUUUCUCAACAACCUCAAGAACCAGAAACCCCAAGAUCAACAAAUCCAAGGGAUAAAAAGAAAGGCGGACAAAAGCCAUUGUCGCCAAGACCAGCCAAAGGAAAGAAGACACAAACUGUGUUGCAAAUCAAUGACUUUACUUUGUCUCCUUCAUUUGGAACAGUGAAUCCAAAUGAAACAGCAACAAUUUUGGCGGAAUUAUCUCCUUUAGAAGCAGCAAAAAUUCAAAGCCAAAUUUUGGUGAAAAUUUCUGAUUGUUCUCCACAAUAUGCAAAUGGAAUUCCUCUUAACUUGUUGGCAACUGCUUUCACACCAUGCAUUGAUGAUAUAAACUAUGAUUUGAUGUUCCCAGGAAUUCCUAUUGCUGUAAAAGCUGAUUUGCAAAUGAAAGAUUUCACUGCUUUCCUUCCUGCAAACAAAUUACUUCAUAUGGGUAAUACAACAGUUGGACAGACAACAUCAUUGGAUUUCGUGUUGAAUAAUCCUAACCCUGUAUCAUGUUCUGUUAGUGUUGAUUUCAAAGUUCCACCAAAAACUCAAAAUCCAUUUUCUUUGUCAGAAAAAUCUUUUGACAUCGAUGCGAAAUCUUCUAAAAAGAUUCAAAUCUCGUUUACUCCUUCAUCUCCUGGCUUAUUCACAGCCCAGAUUGUUGCAAGUGUUAAAGGAGGAACUACUUCAACAAUUGACAUCGAAGGAAAUGGAGCUCUUCCUGAGAUUUCCCUUGAAUCAGCUGGAGAAACAUUGACAGAUGAACCUGUCAGAUUUGGUCAGAUUUUGGUUGGUUCUCAAAAAGUGAAACAUUUGACGAUAAGAAAUAUCGGUAAAGUCACUUCACAUGUAACAUUAUCUGCAACAAGAUCUGCUGAUUUCACUGUGAAUGGAGAUACUGAAUACAACAUUCUUUCUGGAGAAUUUGUGAAUGUUCCAAUUGUUUUCAAACCAGAAAAAGUUCGACAUUCUCAAAUCGAAAUUUCAGUGAAAGUUGAACAGAACGAAUCCCAAAACAGAACAAUCCAAUUUGCUGGCGAUGGCAACAGAGAAGAGAUAUUGUUUGAUGGAUUGCCAAAUGACGAUUCCGAACUGGUUUUCAGGGAAAGUAUCAUUGGUUCUCAGCAAAAGAUUACUUUCACGAUGAGAAGCGUCAGCCAAUCAACAAUUAGAUUCGUUUGGGGAAGAUUAAAUGAUUUCACUUUCGUUCCAUCAAUUGGACACAUCAGAGCAGGAGAAUCUAAAAAAGUCACUGUAACAUUCAUGUCGAACAAACCUGUUACAUAUAACUCGAUAAAUCAGACUUUGUCGGCACUGAAAAUCAAAUUAGAAGAUGAAAACUGUGAGCAUUGGGAUGACUCUUUGAAGGACACAAAGUUCAUAACAAGACGUGAGAAAGCCCAAUUGAAACAACUACAAGUAAAUCCACCUCCUGAACCAAAGAACACAGCGAGGAAAUUCCCAGGACACGCGAAAUCGAGGAAAGAAAGUGUCAAAGCGCAAGUUAACUCAGAAGAAGAAGAUUUUGGAGGAGAUCCAGAUGAGUUAGUCAAAUAUGUUGAAGUACAUCCAGAACCUCCUUUCACACCAACUAAAGAGAAAAGAGAUAUAACCCUGAAAAUCUCUGCUGCAUCAGAUUUGAUCAAAUACAAUUUGGAUGCAACAACAAUCGAAUUCCCUCCAACAAUGAUGUACACGAAAGUUCCUUCUUAUUUCACAAUGACGAACACUUGUGGAAUUUCUUUCACGUACAGAUGGUUCGCGUUUAAGUUCCAGAGUCUUCGUGGGGAUGCUGAUGUCAAUCCGUUCUCAAUAACUCCAUCUGAAGGACAACUUAAACCUGGAGAAUCUCAAACAUUUACUUCUAUUUUCAUUCCGAAGGAAGUUGAUGAAUUUUCUUCAAUUUUCAGAUGCGAAAUUCCAUUUUUGACAUCAGCUCUUCCUGAGCUAACAAUGACAGGAAUAUCGAGACGUCCUAUCUGCCACCUUGGCAUUGAUCCAAAUGACUAUUUGACGAGUGGAAGAAGAAUGCCAGAAUUCACAGAUGAGUUGCCACAAGAUGUCAGGAUUGUUGAAAUUUCUGCGAAAAAAGUCGGUGAAAAAACAAUUAGAAAGAUAGAUAUUGUGAACACAACAGCUACGUCAUAUGAAGUAAUAUGGACACAGCAAUAUGAUAGAAGUAAUAAUAGUGUAAACUGCGAAAAUCCAAACCUUUUGAUUUCAAGCGGAAAAGAAACAAAUGUUACUUUUACAUUUACUCCUAAAUCAAACAAAAUUGUCGAAAGCCUUUGGCAAUUCAACAUUCCUUCAUACAAUGUGAAAGCACACGUUCUUAUCGUAGGAAAGGUUUCUGCUAUUUAA